AAGAGAGAGGCCUGUGCCACCUCUAAUGACUUUUCCGGGGACCACUGGGGUGCGAGAAUCUCCGCCAUCUUUGCGAUUCUCGUUACAUCGGCUAUCGGAGCCUUUCUCCCGAUCCUUUGCUCCAAGUACUCCUUCAUCAGAUUACCCCCAUGGGUCUUUUUCAUUACUAAAUUCUUCGGUUCAGGCGUUAUCAUAGCCACAGCUUUCAUCCACUUGUUGAGCCCCGCGAAUGAAGCAUUGAGCACCGAGUGUCUUGGUGACGCCCUCACAGGCUACCCCUGGGCCUUCGCCAUCGCCUUGAUGACGUUGUUUGUGCUCUUCUUUGCGGAGUUGAUGGUGUACCGUUUUGUCGAAAACAAAUUGGGCGAGCAUUCCCAUUCGCAUUUUGGCGAGACGGAUGUCUACACCAAAGAUGCUGAAAAAGACUGUGAGACCAAAUCCCACAGCGAAGCCAUUCAACAUUCUCAUGAAACCACACAGCAUAUUCAUGGGACGACACUGCCUUCUCACGAGGCCAUUAAGUACCCAAGUCACUUUUCGCAUGCCUCACACCACCAAGACCCUGAAGUUGUUGGUACCCCUGCUGCUGAUGCUGAAAGAGAGAGCUAUUACGGCCACUUGGUUUCCGUGUUUGUUCUUGAAUUUGGUAUCAUCUUCCAC